AGCUGUGCUAGUCGCACAACAUUCAAUUUCGAUGGUCCGGUGUUGCGAAGCCGUUGUAUCAGUCCUUGAUACGUCAACUUGCGAUAUAGGCAUCGGCCUAAAUUCGUAAUGAAGUGAACUGGAUUCCUUGAAGUUACCGAAACCUAUUAUUCUGUGGUCGAGAGAUUUAAGCCUAAGCUCAAUUGGUCAAAAGUGACAAGAAAUGUCAGAGAAAGAGAGGGGCUUGCUCUCAGCCGAGAGUGGCUCCAAGAAGAAUCAGUUGAGUAAAAUCCAGGAAUUGAAGGCUGAAAUACUCACUUGGCCUGUUCAACAAAAGCUUGAAAAACUCUCCCUGUACUCGUCUUGCCAGCAAGGAGAUGGAGAAUGCAAGUGUAGUGGUUGGAAGGCCCAGCAGACAUCAGGGUCAGUAUCCCCCCAGGGAGAACCCAAAAGGACCAUGAAUGACCCUUGUCGGGGCUGUGGACAUAGCCUCAAGGCCCACGUGACCCAGUUAGAGGAUCUGGGAGACCCAGAGCUGAGUAGAAUGGUGUCAAUGGCCAUUGACCUUGAAAAUCUAUUCAAUUGUGUUCUCCAGGAAGAAGGAGACACAAAACAGAUCUAUUUCCACCUGUAUAAGGUAAAGAAAACUAUAUUCCUCAACUUUUCUCUGCUGCUGAGGAAGUCAAUUCAGCAGAUAUCAACUCCAGUGGUAGAAGGAGCAGUAGGGAAGCCUCCUUUCCAGCAGCCCACAAUUGUGAAGUCUCUCAUCAAUUUUCUCUCUGUUCGAAUCUCAGAUCACUCUCAAAAGGCAAGGUCAAAUCUUUUGCUGCCAAUCAUUAUAGAAUGGCAGAUCAUGUAUGAUCUGGUGAGGAAGUUAGUUCACUGCUUGAAUCAUUGGAAGCUAGAAAGACCCAAUAUUAAGAUUCUACGAGAUGGCCUUCAGGGCAGUGAUGCUGUGUGGUACAAGGUCAACUAUACCAGAUGGUUGUGCUUCUGUCAUGUCCCAGCAUUCUGUGACUCCUUCCCACGAUACCAGACAACAGCUGCUUUUGGAAAGACCUUCCUUCAAUCAAUUUUUCCUCAAGUUAAGAGAGAUAUAAUUGGUGCCAUCUCUGGUGACCCAGAAAAGGACAAGUCUCAUAUGGCCAUCUAUUUCCCUAAGCUGCUAGACAUGAUCCAGGAAGAGCUGGGGAAGGCAGACAGUCCGGUGUGGGACCCAGAUUAUCAAGCACCAGCCCUGGAAAAAGGUAGAGCAGCAUUUGAGAAGUUGACUCUCCCUCCACCCUCUGGUGGAAAGGAGGAUUACUUUACCACAGUUACCAUCAGUCCUGGAAUCAAGAAGCCUGCUCAGGAACCUGGGCCAAGUGGAGGUACAAAACGAAGCUGGGAGGAUGAUAGUGUCUCAGGGACUAGUCAGGAUGCCAAGAUUCCCAGUCUUGAGGGAGAUAUCCCAGAAGAUACCCUCCAGGACAUCCUUACCCAUCUUCAAGAUGAAAGACACAAAUCAACUGCCUUUGAGGUCUACUCCCCUUCUCUUUUUAGAAGGCUGGCAAUCUUCCCAGAACAUGCUGCAAGAGAUGCAGCAGCCAAAGCAGAAGAGCGGCAGAGUAUCAUUGAAUUCCAUGUUGUUGGGAAUUCUCUCACAAGACCUGUUGACAGGCAGACACUUCUCUGGCUCUUAAACCUCCAAGAUGUGUUUGCUCAUCAACUCCCUCGAAUGCCAAAGGAGUACAUCACCCGACUUGUUUUUGAUCCGAAGCACAAGACACUUGCCCUUGUGAAGGAUGGCCGCCCAAUUGGGGGGAUUUGCUUCCGCAUGUUCCCUGCACAGGGGUUCACAGAGAUUGUAUUCUGUGCUGUUAUGUCUAAUGAGCAAGUGAAGGGUUAUGGGACCCAUCUCAUGAAUCACCUCAAGGAUUACCAUGUCAAUGCUGGAGUCCUUCACUUCCUCACAUUUGCCGAUGAAUUUGCGAUUGGAUAUUUUCGCAAACAGGGCUUCAGCAAAGACAUCCGCCUCUCUCGAGAGGCAUAUACAGGUUACAUCAAAGAUUAUGAUGGAGCCACACUCAUGGGUUGUGAGCUGAACCCCAAGAUUGUCUACACAGAGUUCACAACAGUGGUGCGGAAGCAGCAAGAGAUUGUGAAAAAGCUGUAUGAGAAGAAGGUUGGGGAGUUGGCUAAGAUGUAUGAAGGAGUGACCUGCUUUAAGGAUGGAGUUUCCCAGAUCCCUGUUGAAAGCAUCCCAGGCAUCAAGGAUGCUGGCUGGAGACCUACUCAAGUAUCCGACAAGGAGAGGUCUUCAUCAUCUGGACAAGGAAAUAGUCAUUCUCGUCGGUCAGUUUUCAGUUUUUAUUUUCACCCCUUCUUGAAAAGAGAAUUCUUGGAUUGCCAGUCUCACAACUUGGCCAACAGGGUAUCCCGGCCUGAUGUUGAACGCCCUGAGGACAUCCAGCCUCUUCUCAAGAGUAUCCUGAAUCAAGUCAAAAGUCAUGCCUCUGCUUGGCCUUUUCUGAAACCUGUGGACAAGAAUGACGUUCCAGACUACUAUGAUGUCAUUAAAUAUCCCAUGGAUCUGAAGACAAUUGGUGAACGGCUGCGUCGAGGUUACUACUGCCAGAAGAGGCUGUUCACUGCAGACAUGCAGCGGAUGUUCAUCAACUGCCGCAAGUACAAUGACCCCACAACCGAGUAUUACCGCUGUGCUGAUGUUCUCGAACGCUUCUUUCAGAGCCGUAUGCGGGAUCUUGGACUCAUUGACAAGUGAUCUACUUUCUCUUUCUUGAUUUCACAUAAUUUAUUUUAAUUUGGAGUUUUAUAUUCAAAUAUGUUUAAAUUGAGGCAGUUUUCUCACUUUAUGAAAUAAAGUGGUCUUCUUUCCCA